AUGGGUGCCGAACAGUCCACCAACCGUGGGCCGAACCAGAACGACGCGCCCAAGAAAGCUGACUACUACGAGCUUCUCGGCAUAGAGCGGCAGGCCACCGAUGAUGAGAUCAAGAAAGCAUACCGCAGGAAGGCCCUCGAGCUUCACCCCGACCGCAACUAUGGCGACGUCGAGAACGCGACCAGGAAGUUCGCCGAGGUCCAGGCCGCCUACGAGGUGCUCUCGGACGCCCAGGAGCGCGCCUGGUACGACUCCCACCGCGAGGCCAUCCUGCGCGGCGACGACCCCAACGAGGACCACGGCCCGGCCGAGUACUACAACGUCCGCAUGACCAAUGCCAGCGAGCUCUUCACCCUCAUCGGCCGCUUCAACUCGACCGUGCCCUUCACCGACGCCCCCAACGGCUUCUUCGGCAUCCUGCAGGAGACUUUCGACUCGCUGGCCCAGCAGGAGAUCGCCGCCUGCGACUGGGACGGCCAGCCCAUCGUCGAGUACCCCUCGUUCGGCUCCGCCACCGACGACUACGACAGGGUCGCGAAGCCCUUCUACGCCGCCUGGGCCAACUUUGCCACCAAGAAGAGCUUUGCCUGGGAGGACAAGUGGCGCCUGUCCGACGCCCCGGACCGCCGGGUGCGCCGCCUCAUGGAGAAGGAGAACAAGCAGCUGCGCGAGGAGGCUAGGCGCGAGUUCAACGACGCCGUGCGGUCCCUGGUCGCCUUUGUGCGCAAGCGUGACCCGCGCUACGUGCCCAACACGCAGUCCGAGGCAGAGCGCCAGAAGAUCCUCCGGGAUGCCGCGGCCGCACAGGCGGCCCGGUCCCGCGCUGCCCACCAGAAGAUGAUGGAGGAAUACGUCGUCCCGGAGUGGGCGCAGUCCCGCGGCGAUGACCAGGGGCUCGAGGGCGAGUUCUCCGAGACGGAAGAAGAGUCCGAGGUUGAGGUUCUAGAGUGUGUCGUCUGCAACAAGACUUUCAAGACCGAGAAGCAGUACGAGGCCCACGAGAAGAGCAAGAAGCACGUCAAGGCGGUGCAGCAGCUCAAGCGCCAGAUGAAGAAGGAGAACGCCGGCCUCGACCUCGAAGAAUCAUCGGCCCCAGAUACCCCUGCAGCCCCUGCAUCGGAGGCAGAAGGCGAGAGUCCGGAAGUGCUGGACACACUGGAGAAUGAUGUAGCUACGGACGCUCGCUCCGAUGCCGGGGCCGAGCUCGAGCCCGAGGACGUGGAUGCUACCGACGCAAAGAUAGCAAAGGCUGACUCCGGGGAAGAAAGCGAUGAUGACGAUUAUGCCCCUCGGUCGGCCGUCGAGGAGCGCCUGAUGGCCGAAAGGCCGAAUCCUCUACAGGUGGGAGUGAAUGACGACCUCGACGGGCUCUCAAGCCAGGCCGAUGAUCUGUCGCUCGACAACGGCGCCGCCGCCGCCGCAGCGAAAAAGAUCGGGAAGGCAAAGGCAAAGCGGGAGAAGAAGGCGGCCAAGCAAGCCGAGUUGGAGCAACAGGGGGCACCGAUCAGCUGUGCCGUCUGCAGCGAGCCUUUUGACUCGAAAACCAAGCUGUUUGGUCAUCUCAAGUCCAACCCCGGGCACGCAGCCCCGGUGAGCCACACGAAGGGCAAGUCUGCCAAGGCGGGCAAGAAGAAACGGUAA